GCGUCUUUCGGUAGCAUUGGUUACUAUUUUUGAGAUAGAUAUAUAACAUUUCUGUUUAAUGCUUACGGUCAUAAAUUGUCUCAUUUAUGAUUACGUGAUUUUGUGAUAUUGCCUAAUAUUUACUGAUUUACGAUAAGUAUGAUAUUAGCCGUUGUAAUGUCCCAUCCCAUAACCUAUCUACCAACAUUUCAACGUUUUCCUCGUCAUUUCCACGUUCCUCUAGUCAAGGCUUCUACAGACGUUGCAAACAAUGGCAUGAAAUUUAAGAUAAUUUCUGGCUAAGUAGGAGGCUAAAGCUAAUUCAAUCGAUCGAUCAAAUGCCGCAAUGCGAUUAUCAGUGACGUUUGGAGAUGCUAAAAGAUUAUAUUUAGGUAUACUAGCCAUCCUAAUAUUAUUAUCAGUGAUCGGAACUAUGGGAGUAAAACUUUAACAAAACUUAUCAAGCGGACGUAAAAAGAGUGCUUAUAGCCUUAAAAAUAUUCGAAUAUCUAUGAAUGUAAAAUAUUUUUAUGGCUGUAAGUACUAUACUAUUCCUAUCCCUAUGGACAUGAAUAUUUUUAGGGCUGUAUGCACUAUUUUAUGUCCGCUUAACAAGUUUUGUUAAAGUUUUACUCCCAUAGUUCCGAUCACUGAUUAUUAUGUUACAAUACAAGACUGCUUACCAUAAAGCUAUAAACUUUUAUCACAUCUACAACAAUAAAAAAGUAGACAUUUUAUAAGCAGUUAACGCGUUUGCCAUUUCAAUUCUUAUGUAGCGACUAGAGUAUGCUACCACACGGCGUGUGCAAUUAUUUUCGAUUAUGUUUAUUAAUACUCCUCUCUAUGAAUGGUCUAUCAACGCUGGAUAUAAGUCCAGGCUCCUUAGAAGACUACAAAGAAAUAACUGGAUAUUCCAAAUAUUAUGAUGACCCUACUUAUUCGUCAGGUGAAGAUACAAACAAUGAAGAUUCUCCAAUUAACGAAGUUGCAAGACCCCAAGUACUAAUGGGAAAGAACAUGCUUCAUAAGAAACACGAUACCAGGCCCAUAGUUGAUCAUGAUACAGAAAAAACAAGUGCGGAAGAAAAAAUACAUACUUCUGUAUUUAACGAAAAACCUGAUGAAACAGAAGAUAUUGAAAAAGAUGAUGUUUCUCUACUAAAUGAUAACUACAGCGAUAAAGAAAAUGAUGAUCAUACACCAUCACCAAGUAUUAUUAAAAAAAAUAUUUUUUCUGAUCAAACUAAAUAUGAUGCAAAAAAACUGGCUGCAUUGCCCGGAUUUAAAUUAAGCUCAUCUGAUAUUGUCAAAUUUAAAAUAUGGCCUGAAGCCAAAAUACCAUUUUUCAUCGACGAGUUUUCAUAUGACAAAGUUCUUCAAGAAAAAAUCCGUGGCUACCUAGAAAACGCGAGAACGCUCACUGGUCUCAAUUUCGUGGAGCUCGCCAGUCCGCCUGAUGACGAAAACGAAAGAUGGGUCUUCUUCAUCAAUCGUAGAGGGCAACUGGAUUGCAAGGAUUAUUCCACUAAAUCUUUCACAAAUUCUGGAGUGCAGAAAGUAAUUAUAGGCUACGAUUGCCUGCAAAACAAUGGGCCAAUGGCAGCAAUAGUCCUGGCGUUGGCAGGCGUGCCUCCGCAACACAAUGCACCCAAUCGGGACCAAUACAUCAAUGUCUCCAUGGAGUCUAUACUUCCUGAAAAAAGAGGUUUAUUUAAACGACUCGAUGAUAAAGACUGGGUGUUUCAUGAUCUGGACUACGACUACUACAGCGUUGGACACUACCCUUCACACAAAUACACUGCGAAUGGAUAUGCAACUAUGACAGCAUUUACCAAGAAAAAGGUCCUGUAUAUGAGACAUGACGAAAAGGACACUUACAGUAGUAUAGAUAUACAGAAAAUAAGGUUGCUUUACAAUAAUAUUCUACGAAACUUACCGCGCAAGGACAUGAAGCUAGAAAUAUGCAAAAAAUUGAAUCAACCGCAUCCUAGUUUUCCUAAUAUGAGACUUAAGUCAAAAUCAUCAAUAAUUGAAAUGACAGAACCGAAAAAAACUCUUGCUGAAGAGCGAAAGUUGAUGGAGCCUUAUUAUGCUAUACUAAGUUCGCUUGAAGAUUAUACCAAUAGGCCAGGAAUUCGCAACUAGGUCAUUGUCAGAUAAAGCUGUUCUUAGUUCUCAGCUCAUAUGUCAAUUAGUUCACAUAUUAUUAGCCAUUGUUUUUUUUUUUCACCAAGAUUGAGUUUAGAUUUAUGCUAUGGAGUUUAGAGAUUAAAGAUGGAGUUUAGAAAUAUUGUUAUAGAGACUUAGAGACUGUGGAUAUCAAAUGUUAAAUGAUAUUUAGAUUUAAAGAAAUGAAAUCCAGUCAGAAAAGGAAAAUUAUAACAUUUACUUCCACGAAGUGAAAUAAGGAUAAAAAAUUGGCUUUUCUCUCAACUACAACUAUACAUUUGACGAAGUUAAUUUGACGGACACUGGGGGUGAAAAAAGAUUAUAUUUUUGAUUUAAUUUAUUUCAUCAAUGCUCUUACUUAGUAAAACUCUAAAAUACACAUUAUAGAAAUUCAACAAUUUACUACAUGAUAUAAAAUAAGCAAAACCCUCAAACACACCAAUAAAAAAUUAUACGACUAAAUAGAGUGGAGUAAACGCGAGUGUAGUCACAAAGGACAUAAAAACAAAAAUACGUUCAUGUCAGCGAGCUAUAGAACGAAGUAUCCUGAGCAUUAAGA